AUGGCUUCGUUAAUUAAAAAUCAGAUUAUUAAGCGAUUAUCAAAAUUUGUGAAAAAUCUUUCAACGAAUCAGAUCCAUUUAAGUGCACUGAAAGGGGAAGGUGAACUCUCAUCGAUUGAUUUAGAUGAGCAAGCUCUAGAAGAUGUUAUUGAACUACCGACAUGGUUGAAAAUUCAAAAAGCAACGUGUGGUCGAGUUUUCAUAAAAAUUCCUUGGACAAGUCUGAAAACAUCACCGAUCCAAUUAACAUUGGAUGAUGUGACCAUCGAAAUUGAAACAUGUGAACAACUUCGUGAUUUACAGAAAACAACCGAUCCAACAAAUACCAAUGAUCCUUUGUUGGGGAAAUACGGUUUUACUAAUCGUGUGAUUGAUGGGAUUUCAUUAACAAUCUCCAAUUUAACAUUUGCCAUUAAAGCUCAAGGCUUCAAAGCCUCGAUAUUUCUACCAACUCUCGAUAUUUACAGCGUAACACCAUAUGGAAAACGAGCUGAUUCGUUGAAUUUCACUCGUCUUCGCAAUUCUGCUAAAGAUCAUAUUCUUCUUUUUAAAGAAAUUUCUUGGCAAAAUGCACGUAUUGAAGCAUCAGCGAAUGACAGCAAUACGGCAGCUGCGGCGAUACGUUUGAUCGCCAAUGCAUGUCGAAUAAGAAUAUCCAUGAAAAAGAAUCUUCAAGAUAGUACAAUGGUAACAUCGAGAGUGAUGGUUCAUUUCGAUGAUCUUUUAUCGGUGGUAAACGAUGCGCAAUUGAAAUCAGCUCUGAAUACUUAUAAGGAAAUUACACAAUUAAUGAAACGUGCAUCAGAACAAAGAAAACAGAAAGCAGGAGAUAAAUUGAUGAAAUUGGAACAACAACAAACACCGUCAACAUUCCAACCGAAAGCGCCAAGUACAGGUCUUAAUGAUCCAGUAAACCUGUCAAAUUCUGCGAACAAUCAGUCGAAAUCGAAUGAUCCUUUCGAACAUUACGAUGUGGUAGAAACAUCAUUACACUUCAAUGUUAAACGAUUAGAUUUACAUAUUAUUGCUGAUUCAGAUGUUCUCAGCGAUCGAAUCGCCGAAAGCGGUGCACUGCAGAUGACAAUUGCCAAUCUAUCAAUCGAUCAUUAUCCAUAUCACGAAGCAGGUUCGACGAAAAAACAUUGGAUAAAGUACAGUGAAUUAUUAGCACUGAAUCGCGAGGAAUGGAUUCAACAAUUACGAGAAGAAUGGAAUGAUCAAUUGAAUUCAGCAAAGAGUGAUUCAGCCAAUGAUGAAAUGUCCAUGAAAUUAGAAAAAGCUCUUCGGACAAAUCGUAUUCGUUUAUUCGAAUCGUGUACUGUUUUGAAUAUUGAUGAUUUGGUCUUCUAUCCUGUUUCAUUGAAUAAUACUAAAGAGCCAAAACGUCGUCGACCAUUAAUCACGUCUGAUCGAACACAAUACCAAUUGCCGGAAUUUCUCGGUGUGAUUAAUAUUCAACACACUGAAUAUUAUUAUCCACUACCUUACUCAUUUCCUGUUCCAAAUAGUGAUUUAUAUAUUCAAAUAAUGCCCAUUGUCAUGCGCGUUGAUUUCGCAACAUCGAGUUGGCUCGAUGCGUUUGUUUCAUCAUUAUCAAUGACUAUUGAUAAUUCCGGUGUGUUGAAGACUGAUGGUCCAAGUUUUGAUUUUGAACAUGUCGCUAUCAAACUAGAUGCUAUGUUACCACGAAUUGUUGUUAGUUCAGAUAUAUUUGCUGGUGCUUAUAGGUUAAAUGAGACUAAACAUAAAGAUAAUCCGGAGCCGGAUUUGUUAGAACGCAAAGAAGUAUCUAAACAGGAAAAACUGGAAAUACUUGAAAUGAAUAUUUCCAAAGUGCUAAUUACGAAUUGUCGAACAGGAUCAUCAAGCAAUCGAGCGAAGCUGGAAAAACAUAUUGACUUAUUUAAAAAUACGAACUUUUUUCAACAGAAUCAAUGGCCAUUAUCAAACAAUCGAUCGAAUUCGUCACGAAUCAGUCCAUUAUUUGAAAAACAUCCGUACGAAACUUAUUUGUUCAAUAAUCCAUUAACGAAAAAAUAUGGUCGAACGCUGCCUGAACCACCAACAGCGAAUGGAGCGCUUCAUUCAUAUUACUCGAUGACAACAGAUUCGUUGAAGAAGUCUGCAAAAUACGAUAUUUGGCACUUCAAUGCCGAAAGUAUUUACAUGGACUUCACACCGGCCUCACCAUCGGAAUCUGUUCGAUUAGCGAAACAAAACAUGACAGAUACAUUUUCAAUCUCAGGUUGGGCUGUUCUCGACGAAAAACAGAAUGGAGAUUCAGCGCCAUCACCAUGGGCUAGUAUUCUCAGUAUUCUCGAAACACCAUCCGUACUAAAACUAUCUCAAAAACAAUACACAUUUCUCAUGCACCUAAUCGAUGAGUUUGGUCUGUUUCUCGAUGUUCUUGAUCGAAACAAAAAACAAAGUCGUUUACUCAAAGAAAAGUCUUCAUCCAUCCAAAUUCCUGCCAAUGAUUUCAAAUUCACCGUUUGUUUUCUAUCACCAGCAACAUUUACUCUCGCUGUUAUUGAUGGUCUUGAAGAUGCAAUGAUUAAUCUUUCCGUGCCACCGCCUCCACCUGCGUUGCCAGACGCCGAACAUGAACCAGCAAUGCGUGAUACAUCCGAUGCAAACGUUGUCGUCGAUUUAGUCACAACAUCAGCACCAAUCGUCGCUAGUACAGCAAAAAUCGAACCACCUUCACCAUCGAAGGUUAGCAUCGAUGGUACUUUGAUCAACAAUGCUAAUCCAACGGAAAAUUUAAACAAAGGUUUUAAUCUUUUGACGCAAAAGAAGACAAAAAUCGAAGAAAAUAUUCAACGUGGAUUAGACACUGCAUCGCGAGGUUCGCGUAAUUCAUCUCAAGCAUCAUUAACAAAUAUGAAUGACAGUGGUGACGAUUCAGCGGCUCAAUGGGAUCAAAUGGGUGAAGAUUUGGAUGUGGAUCUCGAUCCGAGUUUAUUGACGAAUGAACUAGAACAAUCACAACAACAAGAAAAACCAGCACGAAUUGAACUCGAUGAUGAUAGUCUUAGUUUAACUGGAAAACCGAAUGGAAGCGGUGUUGUUAUCGGAACGAAUGCAUUGGAAUCGGUAAAUGGAGUAUUCAUUAAAGUCAACCAAAUCAAAGUUUGUGUGACUGAAGACGAAGAAACAGUGGAGAAGUCAAUGUAUAUUGCUUGCAAUGUGAAGCAUCUACGUAUUGAUGAGUUUCGUUCAUUGAAAUUCGAUGCAAUUAAACCGAAACUAUUCGAUAAUGAACGUCCUGAUGAGCUAAAUGAAGCAAAUGUUUCACCGGUGAACGUCCGCAUCGACUUUCCCAAGGGUGAAUCACCACCGAUAGUUACCGUUAAAAUUGAAGAUCGUGUUCUUGGCUUUGCUACUCAUGCUCUAGACGUUAUCAUCGAAAAUCUCGAAGAAAUUCAUACAAACGAAGAGAAGCGUUUUCGCAAAGAUCACGAAAGAAAAUUUGUUCCUAUUGAUAUUUAUUUGAAGAACGUACAAUUAGCACUGACGUUAGCUCAUGAAUUUUCGACAACCGACGCUGUUGUUGAAAUCAAGCCGCCGAUGAAAGUUCAUAUCGACCGUAUGCAUGUUCUCAGACGAAUCGAUGGCGAAGUGAUGAUUCAAACAUUGAUGGGCCAAAACUCACCGGAUUCAACAAAUGUUAAUGAUGAUGUUCAAGAGAAGUUAAACCAAGCUGAAGCAAUUCGACUGGAAAACGAACGACUUCGGUCAGAGUUGAGUGCACAAAAGAAAGAAAUCGCUGUUUUACGAGGCGAACGUGAUAAUCUAAUGAAUACAAUUUCCAAACUCGAUAUUGAAUUAACUCAAGCUGAGAAUUUUCGUAUGGCUCAACAAAUAAGCAAAAAAUAA